GAUGCAUAUCCUGUUCUCAGAGAAGGUACUCCCUCCAGCCCAUCCCAGACAGGAGGGUUCCAAAUCGAUACUUGGGCCAGCCCAGCCCCUUCACACACCCACACCUCCUCAGACCAGAUUAUGCAAGAUUUCCAGAUCUGACUGUCACAGCUUUGAGAGGUGACAGCACUGGCAUGAGGGAUGAACUGUGGUGAAUGAAUAUCAUCCCAAAGAGUGAACGAUACCAGUGUGUCUCUCAGUGAGGGCUUCUUUUGCUGAUUCUUCAUGAGACUGGAAUUCCUGCUGGAAAGUCGGCUGAGACUCAGGAAAUGCAGCUCACCACUGAAACACACAAGAAAUCAGAGUUUUUCAAAGCUGUAAGGGGAGGUGACUCCAGGACUAUCCCAGGUGGAAUAUGCGCUUCGCAGACACAAAUUAAUGUCUCUGAUCCACAAGGAAGCACAAGGGCAGAGUGGGACAGACCAGACAGUGGUUCUGCUGUCCAACCCUACAUACUAUAUGAGCAAUGAUAUCCCCUAUACUUUCCACCAAGACAACAAUUUCCUGUACCUGUGUGGAUUCCAAGAGCCCGAUAGCAUUCUGGUCCUUCAAAGCCUCCCUGGCAAGCAGUUACCAGCACACAAGGCCAUGCUUUUUGUGCCUCGGAGAGACCCCAGUCGAGAACUUUGGGAUGGCCCUCGAUCGGGCACUGAUGGAGCAAUAGCUCUAACUGGUGUGGAUGAAGCCUAUACGCUGGAAGAAUUUCAACAUCUCGUUUCGAAACUGAAAGCCGAGACAAAUACACUUUGGUAUGACUGGAUGAGGCCUGCUCACGCACAGCUUCACUCGGACUAUAUGCAGCAUGUGACUGAGGUCAAAACCAAGAGCAAGAACAAGGUUCGGGCUGUCCAUCAGCUGGUACAGCGCCUACGGCUGAUCAAAUCUCCUGCUGAAAUUGAACGAAUGCAGAUUGCUGGAAAGCUAACGUCACAGGCUUUCAUAGAGACCAUGUUUGCCAGCAAAGCGCCUGUGGAUGAGAGCUUUCUUUAUGCUAAGUUUGAAUUUGAAUGCCGAGCCCGGGGAGCAGACAUCUUAGCCUACCCACCUGUGGUUGCUGGAGGUAAUCGGUCAAACACUUUGCACUAUGUGAAGAAUAACCAGCUCAUCAAGGAUGGGGAAAUGGUGCUGCUGGAUGGAGGUUGUGAAUCUUCUUGCUAUGUGAGUGACAUCACCCGUACCUGGCCUGUCAACGGCAGGUUUACGGCACCUCAAGCAGAACUCUAUGAAGCUGUUCUAGAGAUCCAGAGAGAUUGUCUGACCCUCUGCUCCCCCGGAACAAGCUUGGAAAACAUCUACAGCAUGAUGCUGACCCUGAUGGGGCAGAAGCUUAAAGAGUUGGGGUUCCUGAAGAACAUUAAGGAAAAUAGUGCCUUCAGGGCUGCUCGAAAAUACUGCCCUCACCACGUUGGCCAUUACCUGGGGAUGGAUGUCCAUGACACUCCAGACAUUCCCCGAUCCCUCCCUCUACAGCCCGGCAUGGUGAUCACAGUGGAGCCAGGCAUUUAUAUUCCAGAGGAUGACAGAGAUGCUCCAGAGAAGUUUCGUGGUCUUGGUGUACGGAUUGAGGAUGAUGUAGUGGUGACGCAGGACUCACCUCUCAUCCUUUCUGCAGAUUGUCCCAAAGAGAUCAGUGACAUCGAGCAGAUCUGCAGCAGGGCCUCUUGACCCUCAUUGCAGCCCACAUGCACCUCAGGUUCAAGGGUGUGCACUGGCGUCUGUGCACCUGAGCUUCCCGAGUGCUCUCUGUGUGGGUACGUUUAUGUGUGUGUGUCACUUGGGAGUGUGGGGCCUGUGUGAAUGAAUGUAUGUAAUUGUGUGUGUGGUCUUUUUUUUGUUUUAAGUAACUAGAAAUCUGGAAAAUUGAAUUUUUGGACUGUAUGUUACUGCAACUUUAGUUACAUUAAUUCUAUAGAAUUAAUGACCCAGGCAAGUUUAACUUUUAAACAAAAAGGUAGAUCUUGGUUACAUAUGUUCAUGCAUUCCAGUUAACACAUUUAAAUGUACAGAAAUUCUUUCCUCCCCAGGUCUUUUCCUUGCAGUGCUUUUGCUGAGACCCAGUUAACAUCAUAAGAUAUUUGUAUGAUGCUUAUAUUACACUAAAAACCAGUGAUCGUGUGAGGCCCAUGUAUGCCUUUCAUGGUGCCAACCUAUUCCAGAGCCUGCACAUCUACCGGAGCCACAGGAGCCUCAUGGGCACUGGGGUCCCGCAGUCCCACCAGUCAGCCUCCCUCCAGACUCCAGCAACAGUGUAUCAGACAAAACAGUUCUGAGCCUUUCUUGCUACUUGGUUGCCUAGGGCCUGGAAAGUAUUUAGAUUCUUGAUAAGGAAGGACAUAGAAGAGAAAGAAAAAUAUCUAUGUGUCUGCUACAGAUCCAGACCUCCAUCCAUCUGUUCUCAAUCUAAAGAUGAUUCCUGUCCUAGACACCCAUGCUUCCUGUGUAGAUUCUUCGUGCACUACUCCUCAUAGCACAUCCUUGAAGCUGCUGCCCUAGCCAAGGGCAGGUCCUCUACUUACCCAGUUAAAGUGGGCACCCAGGUUUCAGAGAGCUACCCUGUUACCGUUCUGUGAUUUCUUCUAGUGCUAACAAAAACAAAUAUGCUUAUGCCACCAAGUGCCUAGAAACAGCCUAAGGUCCUUUUCUUUCUCUGAUGUUAGCACUGGAAGCGUCAUAUUUCUCUCAACCCAGCAUUGGACGCAGUUAUGCAAGAACUCAGUUGUACAAGUUUGCAGAGUGAACAGGGCUAGAUUAUUGCGUAUGGUUUAUUUGGGACCUUCUGUCAAAAAGGGAAGCUUCUAAGAACUAGUGUGUCCCCCUCUUAAACUUGUGUAUGAGCCCAAGAUGUAUAAAACAUGCUGAUUGUUGAAGCAAAAAUUUGAGGGUUUUUAAGAAAAUAUUUGUAUUAGCAAAGCACGCUCGGGGAUUAACACUCCCUGCAGUGAUACCGGCUCGCCUGUCUUAUCAGGAAAUCCCAAGGUGCAGAGCUCAAAGCAGACAGGUAGUGGCUUCCUCAGGAGACAAAGGUAAUGUUAUAAACCCAAGUGAUAUAGAUCGUGUCCUGACAGCGUCAUCCACAAAUGCUUGCUUUGUUCACCGUAUCUCAGCCGCUGUGGGAAGGGAUGGCCGCACAGCUGGAGUCAUCAUCCCCUGCCUGCCCUCCUGCUCACUUCUCAGUCCUGUGCUACUUUCCAAACGAAGCGGACUUAAAAUGAACCCACAGCUUGGGCUUCUCACCCGGGGCCUCCGGGGCCCUCACGGCCCUUGGCUUGGGUUUCUUUUGUUCAUUCACAAUCCUGAAAGGUUUUUCCUUUUCUUCCUAGAAAUCAUUUUCUAUGGUCUUCACUGUUUUAGCUAAACACUUAGGCAGCUUUUAUGUACAGCAGCAUACUUGGACAUGAACCAGACUCCUUCCGGUUAGAUUCCAGUGAAACUGUGCAGGUGUUAUGAGUAGUUAGAAUGGCUGUUGUGGAGUCCCUGAUCCAAGAAUAUCGUCCUUUGAGUCCCAGAUUAACCACCACAGCUAACCAUUUGAUUCAGACUACGGAACCAUCACGAGAUGACAGUGGACAUCUCAGAGCAGUGUCUUAGGGGCUGUCUGACAUAUCCAGGAUCUGUGAGCAGAUAAUCGCGCACAGUGCAGGAACCUCAUCCAUUCUUCGCCACACCACAGACAUACCCCACAUUUCCCUUCAUGAAGUAUAAUAAAUACUUCCUAUAUAUACCAGGCUCUCUCCUAUAAUGAAAACCCUAAUUUAAAAAAAUCUUUCAAAUGUUCCACUGGGAUUUUUCUCCCUGAAUUGAAUACAUGAGAUUGGAUCCUUAACUAUACCAUCUAAAUGAAGGAAGCAUAGCUAGUACUCUCUGCCGCAUACUCUGUGUUGUUUUUUGUUCAUCCUCACCUCAGGAUGUUUUUUCCAUUGAUUCUUGGAGUGGAAGGUUGUGUGGGGAGAGAGAGAGAGAGAGAGAGAGAGAGAGAGAGAGAGAGAGAGAGAGAAACAUUGAUGUGAGAGACAUAUUGAUCAGUUGUCUCCUGUACUCACCUUGACCUGGGCUGGCUGGUUCCGGGCCUGCAACCUAGGUAUAUGCCCUUAACUGGGAAUUGAACCCAGACCCUUCAGUCCCCAGACCAACACUCCAACAGCCAAACCAGCCAGGGCUACCGCAUACUUUUAUGUGUUUAUUUCAGGAAUUACUGUUUCCCCCCACAAUCAGGAAGUGGACUGUGGAGUAAGAAUUCACCCUUCCCAUAGUCAUAACAUCCAAGUUAGGAAGCUACUUGUGAUGGUGACUCCCAGUUCUCAGUGUGGGUCUUCUUUCAAAAUAUUAUUAUUUUCUUACUGAUUUUUAUAAGGUCAGAAAGAGAAAACUCCUAACUAACAUAGACAUUAUAUCUUAAUUGAGAUUAAGAUCCAUGAGACAGCCCUGACUGGGUGGCUCAGUUAGUUGGAGUGUCAUCCCGUACAUCAAAAAAAUAGGGUUGCAGUUCCAUUCCCAGUCGGGGCAUAUACCUAGGUUUCAGGUUGAUCCUCAAUCAGGGCAUGUACAGGAGGAUACAGAUCUAUGUUUCUCUCUUUCUCUCUCUAAAAUCAAUACAAACAUCUCCUCGGGUGAAAAAAAAAUCCAUGAAACAAGUUAAAUCCUCAGAUCGUAACAAAUUAAAUAGAAAAAUUGGGUUUAAAAAUUUUUUUUUAAACGUAUGUAAUCAAUGCCCUCUUCAGCUUUCUUAAUAGUAGAUUACAAAUACGAUGCAUGAGAUCUGCCUCUCCCUCUCCUGUACCCAUGCCAGAGAUCACAAGUAAAGCAUAGUGACUGUCCCAUCAGCCCAUGUAUGACCUCGGUCCUUCGUAGCACAGUGUUUCUGACAGUUGCUACCAAUAAAACAGUUGGAAUUGGAGUAAGACCCUCUCUGCAAUCCCUCCACUGGCAUAUAAAAGAUGAUGUAACGUGUGUGUGUGUAUUGGAAACUGAGUGACAAUGUAACUUGUGUGUGUGUGUGUAUUGGUCCAGAAUGGUGGCAGCAUAAAGGACCGAGCUUGGAAGAGGUUUUUAUGGUUUGGUUAAUUUUUUUAAAUUUAAGCUGUUAGGGUUAAGUUUUAAGCCUGGGCAAAUAUAUUCAAGGUAAAGUGUUUUAUGCCCUUAGUAAAAUGAGAAGGUGAAUACAUCAUGAAACCCUAUCGUUACAGCAGAAUUCCAUUGUCACAAAGCACGUGGGUUCUCCUGGCUGCUCUUCUGACCUCUGCCUCUGUGUCACGGAGGAGCUUGGGGUGAGCAUCACUGUUGUUCGGAUCAGGGGUCCCCAUGAACUCAAGGCCCCUUGGGGUGUGCUCAUGAGGAGCUAAGAGAACUGUGGUCUUUGUGAGCAUUUCUUAAUGCUUUGAAUGACUUUUGUGCAAUUAUUUAAAUUCGAUUUGGAUAAAACGCUGUUACUUUUAAGGCCCUUUCCGUUGAAAAUAGUUAUCUCAUUCCCCAACAAGGGAAAAGUAUUUGUUACUGCCAUUUUAAAAAUAAAUCAUAAAACAAUAAAAA